CCCCCGCUCGCCCCGCUCGCCACGUGCCGCGCUCGCCCCACCUCCCCCCGCUCGCGUCGCACGACUCCAUCCGCCUCCCCCGCUCGCCACGUCCCUGUCCAGGAAGAAGCCCGCCGGCGCGAGUUACAGGUCUGUCUUUCGUCAUGAGUACUACCGUCAGCGAGAGGAAAAUGGAGGGGAUACUUGAAUGACUACAUCAACAAAACUGCACAAAUGGUUGCAUGCCAAAUAACAAAAACAGUAAUUGUUUUGUUGAGAAGACAAAGCAUGUGAGAUUGAUGUUUUAAAUCAGCGAGGGGACUUGUGUCUUCGUCAUUGUUCGUAACGCUUCGUCAAGAAUAAUUGAAGCUUCAGUAGCGACGCCUCCACCGCCUGGAAGAAGAAGGUCCUGGUCUUGUCGCUGUUGCUCUUCUGCAAGUUGCUCCUCCUCCGCCCGGAGCUGCUGCUGGUCGUGGUGGUGGACGCCGGCUGUCGCUGCUGCUGGUGGUGUUCUACGCCUUUGCUUCCACCGCUGCUGCUGGUGGCCAACGCCGACGCCCUCCGAUCCCCGCCAUUGACCCCCGAGGCAUCCACCUCUGCUUAUAGAAGAAGAAGAAGGAUGGGAUGAAAUUGCGAGGGCUCACGAACUGCAGGUGGAUGACCUCCUGCUCUUCAAAUGCACUGGCAAUGGCUUGCCCAAAAAGAAGAUCAUUUCAGCUCUAGCUUGCUGCUCUCUCUAGCGACGCCGAACAACUUAUUUUCUUCCUGACCAAAUUUCUGAAACUGAAACUGAAACAGCUCCAGGCCUGUUAAAAUUUCUGAAACUGAAACAGCUCCGGGCCCUGUUAAAAUUUCUGAAACUGAAACACCAUGUACAGGUCGUUGUACUGUGACGACACACACACCAGCUCCAGGUUCCUGAUGAUCAGAAAGGAAACGAUGCUGUCAGCCCUCAAUUCGCAAUCAAGGAAAAGAAACUGAUUUGCUUACAAAACCACCUAAUUUCUCAUAAACUGAUUUCAUCAUCUACUUGUUAUCAUCAAAACUGACCCAGCAAUAGAUUCAAUGAGAUGCUGACGGAGGGAGCAGCAUGGACGUACUCUUCGGAGGACGACAUGGAGGACGGCAUGGAGGACGUCCUCGGGGUUGUGCUGGUCGGCCGACUUGUAGAGGCCUGGGCGGCAGCACGACGGCGGCGACGGAUCGAAGGGGAGGACUCAGCGCGAGGCGCCCAACACCUGGCCCUCACGGUACGCCGGCCGGCGAUGCCACUCGACUGGGAGUAUCAGCUGCAGAUAGAGCGCUGCCCCUGUGGAUCAGAGAGCCGGAGGGGAAAAAUCAGACUUGUCCUCGCCAUGGUUCACCAUGGGGAAAGAGGAGGGGGAAAAUGUGAGGGAAGCUGCGGUGCAGGCGUGGGCCGAUCGGGGAGCUGCGGGGGCGAGCGGGGGAUCUCUGACGCGGAGGCGAGCGGGGGCAAGCGGGGGAUCUCCGACGCGGAGGCGAGCGGGGGGUCUCCGGCACGGCAGAGGAGCGGGGCAGAGGAGCGUUGUGUUUGUCGGGAGUUUGUUAGGGAGGUUUUCAAAAAAAAUACCAUGAGGACAUUUAAUUUCGGAUGGAGGGAGUAUAAGAAAUAUCAAAUAUCUGGCUAGCUCCUUGUAUUAUGCUCUAUGGAACAUCUCCAAAAUAUUAGUAUGAGAUAACAUGGUAUGGCUUUAUGUAGAAUUACACAGUAUCAUCUAUUUAUCAACAAUACCACCUUGUCUUUCAAA